AUGGGCUCUGCUGCUGCUGCAGCGGCCGCCGCUGUUGCCCCCGCGCUCGCUGAUUCGUGUCCCACCGCGGACACGGCGCCUCUUUUAUGCAACGCCGAGGUCACCAACAAGGUGUACUUCGACGUGUCCAUCGGCGGCGAGCCCCAGGGGAGGAUAGUCAUCGGUCUGUUCGGCAAGGACGUGCCGAAGACGGUGGAGAACUUCAGGCAGCUCGCGACGGGCGAGAGGGACUUCGGGUACAAGAACUCCAUCUUCCACCGCGUCAUCCCCAACUUCAUGAUCCAGGGCGGUGAUUUCGAGCGAGGUAACGGCACGGGCGGGUACUCCAUCUACGGCCGCAAGUUCCCGGAUGAGGCCUUUCCCCUGGACAAGCUCAACCACGUCGGGCCGGGCGUUCUCUCCAUGGCCAACGCGGGACCCAACACCAACGGAUCGCAGUUCUUCAUCACCACCACCGCCACCCCGUGGCUGAACGGCAGGCACGUCGUGUUUGGUAACAUCGUCGAGGGAAUGGACGUCGUCAGGAAGAUCGAGAGGACCCCGACCGCGCGAGGCGACAGGCCCGUCAACGACGUCGUGGUCACCGCAUCCGGCGAACUUCCCCUCGCCGCACCCGCCCCCGUCGCGGCGGAGCCCGAGGCGUGA